UCCCUGAUUUCAAUCCAAGUUUUCCUCAAUACACAUAAUUUCCUGUCUUUUUCAUGUGAGUUUCUUUAAUGGGUUUGUUUCAAAAUCAUGGAUUUUAAGUCCUGUAAUCUUUUAUUACUAGCAACUUUAUCUCUUCAUUAAUCCUUUUUCUUCUUGGUUUCUCUUUCACUUUAGUACCUUCUCUGUUAACAAAGCAACCCCAUUUCAGCAGAUUAGAGCAGAUUAGUGCAACGAAGCUUUCAACUUUUCCUUAGUUUUAGUCUCUUGAUAAAAUCCCACAUCUGCUACUCAGUUGUGCUCUUCUUUUUCUUCUGUUUUUUACUAUCUCUGCUUCAUUUUUGUGUUGGUGAAUUUGCUUGAGGAAUGAUAAGAAAAGAGAGUUUUCUGGGUUGAUGAAUGGUUGAUUUCUACUCACUGGUGUCAAAAAGGAGACUUAUGGUUGGAAAAAUGGGAUCAUACACUUCCUUUUUGCUUAUUUUUUUGGCGUCUGGAGUUUUUUGUGUGACUUGUGCUCCUUUCCCUACUAAUGAAGUUCGGGCUCUUACAUCAUUUAAGGAAGCUAUUUAUGAAGACCCAAAUCUGGUUUUUUCAAGCUGGAAUGCCGUAGAUGCUGAUCCAUGUGGAUGGACUGGGAUUACUUGUAAUAAGGAGAAACAACAUGUUAUCAAGAUAAACAUAUCCAAUUCAUCUUUGAAGGGUUUUCUUGCUCCGGAAAUCGGCCGAAUUACCUACCUGCAAGAACUGACUUUACGCAAGAACAAUCUGAUCGGCACGAUACCUGAAGAACUAGGCAUGUUGAAUUUCCUCAAAGUGUUGGAUUUGGGGAUGAAUCAACUGAUUGGUAUCAUUCCUCCGGAACUUGGGAAUUUAACCAGUGUGGUGAAAAUAAACCUUCAGUCAAAUGGAUUGACCGGAAGCCUGCCUGGUGAGCUUGGCAAUUUAAAGUAUCUUCAGGAACUUAUUCUGGAUCGAAAUAAACUUAAAGGAACCGUUCCUGCUGAAAGCAAUUCAUCAUCUGUGGCUAAGAUGCAUGGAAUGAAUGGUUCGGGUUCAAACAUAACAGGGCUUUGUAGUGCAUCUCAGCUAAAAGUGGUAGAUUUGUCCUUCAAUUUUUUUGUCGGAAGCAUACCGAAGUGUUUGGAAAAUCUUCCAAGCACGAGCUUUCAAGGGAAUUGUCUUCAGGGAAAAGAAGCUAAACAGCGCCCCCUCACACAAUGUGGUCCUCAGCCAUCGAGAAGUCAUAAAUCGCUGAGUCCUAAGCAUAGUCUUCCAAAAGCUGCUGCUGAGCAUCUAAAACAGAAAUCAUCGAAACCUGUCUGGCUUUUGGCACUUGAGAUUGCUACAGGAAUUAUGGUGGGGUGUCUCUUUCUUGUCGCUGUCCUUACCGCUUUCCAAAGAUGCAAUAGCAAGCCUGCAAUUAUAAUCCCUUGGAAGAAAUCAGGGAGUGAAAAGGAACAUAAGAUGGUAUAUGUAGAUUCAGAGUUGUUGAAAGAUGUUACAAAAUUCGGUAGACAAGAGCUUGAAGUAGCUUGUGAAGACUUCAGCAACAUUAUUGGCUCCUCUCCGGACAGUGUGGUCUACAAAGGGACCAUGAAGGGUGGCCCUGAAAUCGCCGUGAUAUCCUUCUGCAUUAAAGAGCAGCACUGGACCGGCUAUCUUGAGCUCUAUUUCCAGAGAGAGGUCGCAGAUUUGGCAAGAUUGAAUCAUGAAAAUGUUGGGAAAUUGUUAGGUUAUUGUAGAGAGAGCACUCCAUUUACAAGGAUGCUUGUCUUUGAAUACGCUUCAAAUGGAACACUCUACGAGCAUUUGCAUUAUGGAGAAGGAUCCCAGUUAUCAUGGACCCGACGAAUGAGAAUUAUUCUCGGCAUUGCUCGAGGACUCAUGUAUCUUCAUACUGAGCUUGAUCCACCAUUCACUAUAUCAGAGUUGAACUCUAGUGCUGUGUAUCUUACAGAGGAUUUUUCUCCCAAGUUGGUUGAUUUUGAAAGUUGGAAGACGAUUCUUGCUAGAUCAGAAAAGAACUCUGGUUCUAUCGGCAGUAAUGGCUCUAUCUGUCUACUUCCGAAUUCUUUGGAGAAUCGACAUCUCGAUAUCCAAGGAAAUAUUCAUGAUUUUGGUAUACUUUUACUGGAGAUAAUUAGUGGGAAGCCUCCAUUCUGCAAGGACAAAGGCUGCUUGAUUGAUUGGGCCAGGGAGUAUCUUGAAUUACCAGAAGUGAUGUCUUACAUUGUGGAUCCAGAGCUGAAACAGUUCAGCUAUGAUGACCUUAAAGUCGUAUGCGAGGUCAUAAGCCUCUGCGUUCAUCCGGACUUCUCGAAACGGCCAUCGAUGAAGGAAAUAAGCCUAAUGUUGGAGAGCAGAAUCGACACAUCUUUAUCAGUUGAGCUCAAGACAUCAUUAGCAUGGGCUGAACUUGCUCUUUCAUCAUGAUUGUAUUCAUUUGGGGGAGAGUGGAAUCGAUACGCAACCAUAUCAGUUGAGUUGAAGGGCAUCUUCUAUAGCAUGGGCUGAACUUGCUCAUUGAACUGAGAGCUAACACACAUUGUAACAUCAAAAUACAUAAUAGUUUUAGGCUUUUAUUCAGUCGUUCUGGUAUUUGUAAAUGUUGAUUGCCAGAAAGGAACAUUUGGCUUUACCAUUAGGAUUUGGAUGUUCAGAAAGUUUUCUGAAG